AAGAAGCACACUUUGUGGGCUCUCUUGGUACGACGCUCCUCAGCCCAAACCAAUUUCUAUUCAUUUCCAUUUCCGAGUCCUCACUGACCGAUCUCUCCAUCAACUGCGAUCUUCCUUCUUCUGCCGGAGACAUCAAAGUUUCAAAGUUUCAACAACCUUCAAGAACCCGCAAUUGAAGAUCAUCCUUAUCCAAGUAUGUCCUCUAAUUCAUUUCUCUUUCAUGUUCAACCUCUAAACCCUAGAAUCACAGAAUCUCAAUCCCCAUUGAAUUGAAAGCUUUGGAUCAAUCACCGUCAGAUCUGAAUCCACCAUUUCGCCAUGUCCUGUUUAGCCCUUGCCCUGCAGCCUGCUAAUGGAUCUGAUAUCCUCCUUCAAACUCGUGAAUGGUUCCCUCCUCCAAGAGCGUUAGUUGCCCUAACCUCCUUCCGCCAGACACGAUUGGCCUUCGCUGCCACCAAGCAUCAGAGCCACCACGCAUCCACCGUCCUUGGUGAUGAUUCUUCUCUCGCCGACUCUAUUGCUUCUCUCGGUGAUGAUCCUUUGGCUGCCUCUAAUGGUCAGGUUAUUGUCGGUGCGGAAAGCCGUUACGGAGUUGUAUAUCGCCUUGUCAAUGGCAUCUAUGUCCUUGGGAUUACCACUGCUGAUCAAGAUAAUUCUGUUAAUGUCUUUGAAUGUAUCCAUAUUGUAAACCAAGCCGUUAGCGUCGUUGUUACGGCCUGUCGUGGUGUUGAUGUCACUCCCGAGAAGCUUAGCCGGAAAUACGCUGAGAUUUAUAUGGCGUUGGAUAUUGUUCUUAGGGGUGUCAGCAAUAUUCGGCUUGCGGCAAUGCUUGCUUCGAUGCACGGGGAUGGUCUUGCGAAAAUGGUUCAUUCCGCUCUUGAUACGGAGAAUAAGAUUCGUGGUGCUGAUAAUUGGAAUGCUAUGGAGGUUCACUCGAUUGACCAUCAAGCCAAUGUGGAGGCAUUUUCGAGUGCACGAUUUGAGUUACCCGCGGAGACUCUUGAAGCUGGUGAUGAAAUCGCAGCAACUCUUGCUCCUGUUACUCAGAGUGUGAAUGAGCAACAGGAUCAGCAGCAGCAGAAGACUGAGGAGCCCGCUGCUGAACAGGAUCCAUUUGCGGCUAGUGACAUGAUUAACAAGCCUGAAGAGCUGGUGGGCGGGUUCAAGAAGACCAAGGAUCCUUCGGCUACGGAUUUGACUAUGGUGUUGGCGGGUCUUGAGGUUCCAACAUUGCCACCUGCAGAAGCCACCCAAUCAACACAUAUUGGCGUGGAGGGAUUCGAAGGAAACUAUGGUGGUAUAGAAUUCAGUACUGAUCAGGCUACAAUGGAAGAAACGUUUGAGGGCUUCAGCGAUGCUUGGGGUGGAGGAUUAGAUCCAUCUGAGUUCGUGGGUCCUGAGAAGGUUAAAAAAACAGAAGGCCUCGGUGGCUUGGAACUCUUGCAGACCGGACCUGAUGGAGCGAAAGUAGCUGUUGCUGAUGCUACUGGUAAAGGAACGCCACUUGAGAAUUUGGUGACUAAGACUGAAAUGAAGGGACCCGAAAUGUAUAUCAUAGAACAAAUUAGUGCGGAGUUCAGAGAAUCGCUGUUGGCAAGAGUAGGAAUGAUGGGAGUUGUAUAUUUGAAAACUUUGCCACCCAAAACUUCGGAUGAUAAAGAAACAGAGUUUUCAUUUCGUGUUGAGGAUACUGCUUCAGUUAAGAGAUUUGUUGUGCAGGGUUCUCGUGUUAGCAGUCUUGGAAACGGAAUGUUUCACGUGCGUACAGCACCUUCAAAUGAACCUAUACCAAUUAUUAAGUAUAGUUUGCUACCUAGAUUAACCCCAUUGCCUUUGAGGGUUCGUCUCAUACAGCGCCAUAGGGGGACUUUACUCUCUGUGAUGAUUCAAUUCGCUGCGAACCCUGAUUUGCCGCAACCUUUGACUGACGUGACUUUUACUCUAAAACUACCAGUUGAUCCUUCAUUGUUGCAGGUGUCUCCAAAAGCUAUAUUGAAUAGGUCCGAAAAAGAAUUAAAAUGGCAUGUCCCUGAGAUUUCUUUGAAGGGUUCUCCAGGUCUAUUGAGAGCAAGGAUGCCUGUGGAUAGGAACGAGGAAGAUGAAGGAGAAGAGCUUGAAGUAGUUGGUUAUGUGAAAUUUUCGGUUCAGAGUUAUAGAUCACUAUCCGGGAUUUCUUUACGGCCAGCUACUGAGGGUAAAACGGACUUCUACGAGACAGAUCACAAGUUUGAGUCUGGAGUUUAUACGUGCAACUGAAGCCUCGAGGUAUUUUACCUUACACAUGUUUUUAUAUUUUCUUUUUCUUGUAUUUUCAGUGAGGUAUGUGUUUUAGGUUUGUUUGUACCGGCUUAGCUUGUAAUUUAGAUUUGGGGUUCGUGAAAGUUGUCUAUCAUUUUUCCAUUGAUUUCAUUUGUGAACAUAUGAUUUUGUUUUUUCUGAUAUAAUAUGAUUGUACAUUACCGAAUUCUUUUG